AUGUCGGCCUGCUGGAUUCCACAAGAUAUCGUUGUGAAGUUUGGAAUUUUGUGGAUAUCUGGACCAAGGGCGCAACAGACCUGGAAUUUGAGCGUUGCACACCUGGGAUUUGAGAAUCGAUAUCCGCAAGUGGCCAGCGAUAACAACGAGCUGCUAGAUUCCAAAUUCAAAGAUAUCAUCAACCUGGAAUAUGACCGUCAAUAUCCGCAAGUGGCCAGCAGCGAUAACAACGAGUGGUAG